CUGUGGCACCCGCUGCUGGGAGGCACGGCGGAGAUAGCUGCAACUGAUGCAGUGAUGCGCAGUAGGAGGAUGCUUUUAAUCCCUCAGUUUUUAAUUUUUCACAAUUUUUUUCCCAGCUCAGUUAAAUUUCAGCUCUUAGAUAUUAUACAUGUGUUUUAAAAUUCAAUUUAACUAUUCAGUUGAGAAGGAGGGCGCUCUUUCAACCCUGGAACUGAAUCUUUCCACUUUUCCACUCCCAGUGGAACAUUUCAAGGACCUCAUAGACUGACGCACUGACUUAUUUGGGAGGGUUUCCGGGAUCAAAGGAUUUACAAUAUCGUUUCACAAUUAAUCAAGACGACGAAAAGAACAUGAUACAAUGCUGACAAAUCACGGAGGAAGUCACCCAUCUCGCAACAAGUAUCGUUAUGGAAAGAAUAAUCGAAACACACGGACAGUUUUGGUUAGGUUUCAAUUCCUGAGAAUGACCCGCCCAGCUGAAGUCUUCUUCCUCAGUCUUCUCUCAUCUGUAUCCUCCGCAAACAAGGAGGAGAAGCCUCUUUGUUUUAUUGCUCUCCAAAACCGCUACAUUAACCUGGCUACGGAGCUCAACUUUAAACCGAGAGGACUGAAGAGCGGACUGAAUGAAAUGUGAGUGAGCUUUGCAUUACCAAUAUGUGUGAAAAGUUGACCAGCCAUCAUUGAUGAUCAGGAAAAAUUAAGCAUCACUAAUCUAUAUUUGUGAAAGAGGAAGCAGUACUGUCAUGGCAGAUCAAGGUGAAAUGAAGUGCCAGGAGGAUGAUCUGUCAUCAGACAUACAAGAUUGGAGUAAACAUCAAGUGAGGCAAUGGGUUCUCCAAUUGGAUCGCGUGGAUGACAAAGUUGCUGAAAUAUUGUUUAAUGAAGACAUCAAUGGUGAAAGUCUUCUGCUUUUAGAUACAACUGACUUAACCAAAAUUGGUGUGACUUUUGGACCGGCUAAACUUCUCAUUCAUGCCAGAGAUGAAGUUGUGAAAUUUAAAAAAGAAGAGCCAGUAGGUUCUAGAAACCAGCCUGGGAAACCGUGCAAGCCGUAUCCAUUUUGUAGAUACCACGAUACAUUCAGAUACACGGAAAGCAGCAUUCUUGAUGUUACAGAAUCAGGUGCCUCAGAUUUGAUUGAACCCUGCCAUGAGUACAAAGCUUUCACCAGCACAACAGAAGAAACUAAAAUGAAGAAGUUCACAUCUGAGGUCAUUCGCUUUGCAGCUGCCUGCAUGAACAGCCGCACCAACGGCACCAUACAUUUUGGAAUAGGAGACAAACCAGAGUUCACCCACGGUCAAGUGUUGGGAGUGGUUGUUGAGGACACAGAGGCUUUUGGAAAUGAACUAAAAUCUGCCAUUGAUAGGUAUUUUGAAUAUAAACAUAAACAAGCUGCUCAGACAUGCAUCAAACCUCCACGAUUUGUUGGAGUUCUCAACAAGAACAUGACAUCAUCUGACAAAUGUGUCAUAGAAGUCGACGUUGUUCCAGAGACUACGAUCUGUGAAGAAAACGGCUACCACACAAACACCAAAAAAAAGGGCAAGAAAAAAGGCAAAAUGAAAGAAACUGAAUCAGAACCAUCAAAAUGUUUCUUUAUCCGUGAUGGUGGUAGCAGCAGAGAUCUUCUUGCGCAACCAAACAAGCGAGAGUACGAGCAGUUUCUAGAAAGUAUGGCUCAGCGAUUAGAACUCCGGAAAAAGGCAGAAGAGAAGCACCUCAGUGUGAUAAAAAACAGCACUCAGGGCUCUAAACUCAGUCACAUGAUCACUGGUGGCUCUCUGUCUUUAGAUAAAUCAAAUGUUGAGCAGUAUGUGAUAAUAACUAACAAAUCACACCCAAGCCAGUUAGAUUAUCUAAAAUUUCUUGUAGAUCUGAACCCAACAGCGGUGUUGGACUUUGAUCCAGAAUCAGCUAAACAGGGAUUAGAGCAAUAUUUUGACCAGCAGAGCCCAGUAAAUAUUCAUUCACCGGCACGAUAUAAAAUCACAGAAGGAGUUGAAGACAUUGCGAACAAGUUGAAAUUAACUCAAAACACCAGCUGGGUGUUCUGCAAUGGAGGCAUUGAGCAUGAGUCACCCUCAGACAUUGACCAGUGGUUAAUGGAUAAGGGAGCCUCCGUCAGAGAUGUGAUUUCCUUCUUGUGUCGCAAAGAUGUCCUUCCAAACAAGAGGUUCCUCGUCAUUUUUUUAAUUUUGUCAAGAGUAAGUGAGAAGAUGGACCCCCUUGUGGAGACUUUCAGUACAUUCUGGCAGGAACUCAGAGGCACAGAUCAGAUCCUUUGCAUAUGUGACAAUGACAAAGCAUUCAACUCCUGGAGAGACUUAAUUGAGGCUCGAUGUGGAAUCGACAUCUCAGGUAGAUGCAUACACGAUCUCAGCUUUGCAGAAGUCAAUGGCACUAUCCUUAGCCUUUGGUCAGAGAAUCGCAGAUCCAGUCGUUUCCUACCAUGUGGUGGAGGAAGCAAAGUGCUAUUUGAGAAGAAAGUGGAGCGAAGUCUGAGUACCUUAGAUGUCCUUUGCGUGAACCAAUGUGAAGGAGGAAAUGAGGAAAAAAAUGUGAUAGAGGAGAACUUCUACAAGGGUGGAAAGGUGACGUGGUGGAAUUUUUAUUUCUCGGAGCAGCCCGGAUCCACACAGUUUAUCAAACGAGACCACUUUGACUACAUCAAGGAUACAAUCAUACCUGAUUUAUCCUCUCUGAGAAAAGCCUGUGUGUUGUUUAACCUCAUGCAUGUACCUGGAUGUGGUGGGACAACUUUGGCCAUGCACAUAUUGUGGUCUCUCCGGAACAUAUUUCGUUGUGCUGUCCUCAGGAACAACAAUGCUGACUUUGCUGAAGUAGCCAGUCAGGUGACCAAACUUCUCAUGUAUGACCAUCAGGAGCAGUUACCAAGUGUCCCUGUUUUGCUGAUGAUAGAUGACUUUGAUGAUAUGGAAAAAGUAUUUGACUUGCAGCAGCUCAUUGAAAAAGAAUGUGAAGAGAAAAAAAUUCAGUCUAAGUCUGCGCAGGUGGUUGUCUUGAACUGCAUGAGAUCAGAGUCUUCUGAAACGACUGGGCAAACUGCAGAUACUGUAUUCAUUGGAAAUAAUCUCUCUGAGAGGGAACAGAAACAGUUUGAGGAAAAACUAGUCGAAAUAGAGAAAACUUACAAAAACACUGAAACAUUCUAUGGUUUCAUGAUCAUGAAGAAGAACUUUAAGUCAGAAUACAUUGAGAGUGUGGUCCGCAACACACUGAAGAGCUUCAAUAUGAAUCAGAAAAAUGCCCAGCUUCUUGCAGUUUUAGUUCUGUUGGAUGUUUACUGCCGCGGGGCCUCUCUAUCAGUCUCUCUGUGUGAGGAAUUCCUUGACCUUCAACCAAAACCGUUUUGUGGAUCCAACAAAGUUGAAUGUGGUUUUGGAAAAUUUUCUACUUUUAUAACCAGCUGUUCAGUCCAGGGUAAGGUAGUCUUCAGAGCUGUGAAAAUGAUUCACUCAAGAAUUGCAAAGCAGUGUUUGUUGGAACUUAAAGCAACACACAAUGUGAAAAAAGUUGAAAUUGCUGACCUUCUGCUGAACACAGACACGUUUUAUGAAAGCACACAAGGCAAAAGCAAGCUCCUGCAAGAUGUUCACCACAUUUUGGUCAAGCGAUAUCAUGAAUUAGAGGAAUCACAGUUCUCUCCACUCAUUCAGGACAUUGCACAUGAAACACCUGGACUGGAAGAGAUGGUGUUAAAAAAUGCCUCAAAGAGAUAUGAGAAAGAUCCCAUUGUCUCCCAGUUACUCGCCCGGUACUAUUACCUAAGAAAGAAAGAUUUUGUAGAGGCAAAAUUUUGGGCAAAAAAAGCAAAAGAUCUUUACAAAGACAACUCCUAUAUUGCAGAUACAUCAGCACAAGUGAUCAAGCAUGAGCUCAAGAAUGCCAUUGCAGACUGCAAGGAAGAACCCAUCCGUCCAGAGAAACUGAAAACACUUCUGAAACUGGCUCAGUCAGCAUUGGAAGCAUUCCAGGAAACACAGAACCUUGCAAAGAAGGAGUCACUCCAACGACUACAAAUCAAAACAGACAACUGUACUUUCAACACCUCUGGCUGCCUGGGAGAAAUUCAGGUUGGUGUGCUUGUCACUGAUGUGCUGGCAAAGACCUCUGUGUUCUCUCCUGAUGGUCUUCGUCAUGACAUAAUGAGCCAGGUUCUUUCUGGAGAUCUUAAACUUUACGACCUAGAAAGUAAGGAUCGUUGGCACACCAAAAACAAACCCUACUAUGUCAUUCUGAAACAGUUUGAGGAUGUACUUUACAACCUCAAAUACAGGAUGAAGAAGAACAUAGACUUCCUUGACAAUUUUUAUGUAAAUCUGGGCUCCAGAUUUGGAAUGAAAGAUAGCCGUGAGCAAAUGUCCCAAAAUGAGCUUUUCAGAUGUUUCAGAAAUUAUGCAAAGGUUUUCUGUAAGACAGAUUCUGCAUCUCUUUUGAAGAAUAAAACCUUGCACACUAUGUUGGAACUACACCAGACGAGACAGUUCCUGGAAGAGGAAAAGGCUGACACCUAUUCUGGGAUUCUGAGCUGUCUCUCAAAUGAAACCUCAACUGCAAAGUUGGAAAAGAUUGCUAGACAGUAUCUCUUUAUUUGGCAGUGUAACCCAACUCCAAAGGAGAAAGUGAACUUUAUCUAUGUCAAUGUUGUGUUGAGUCGUCUUAAACUGGGAUCACAUGUGUUACAGCCAUAUGAAACCAUGGUAAAUCUUCUCCCCCAAGUUCUUUGUGGGCAAAUCCCACUGAGUGAGAGUUUGCCGCUCUACUUCAUUGCAGUUCUGCUGUUAUGGCCAGAGCCAAACCGUCCGGUAUACAGAGAACUUGGAAGGUACAUCUCACAGAUGAAAACCUCUUAUCAUGCAGAGAUGAAGGAAGUGUACAAUGGCAAGAGUCCCGUUAUUCAUUUCCUCCUGGGAAAGAAGCCUGGUUAUGAACGACUGGUCCACAUUGGAGAGAUCAAAAAGUGCAUCGUGGAUGGGCAACAGCAGUUUGCCUCCAUGUGGGGAAGUGGCACAAUAUGGAAGGAGAAGAAGGUGGAGGAGCUCCUUUAUAGGGUCACAGGGGAGGUGCAUAGUGAUUGCAUAAUGGCAGAUACUGGUCUUCCAGUCACCCCAAUGUAUCGGAGCCAGAUUAGUGGGCAUGCAGAGGGGUCAAAAGUGUCAUUCUUCAUAGGUUUCUCCAUGAGAGGACCUGUUGCAUUUGACAUUGGACAAAAAUGAUUAUGCAUGGUCAUGACAGAGAUGAGACAUGCUAGCUUUUUCUGGCAGAGUUUGCACUGGACAUCUGCAUAAUUGUCGUCUUUGGCUUAUAUGUGAUUAUGUUUUCCUGUGUACUUUACAUAAAUGAUGUUUGUAUUUUUGUUAUUGUUGCAAGGGGUGGGGGCAUUUGUCAUACAAAACCUUUGAGCAAUGUCUUAACAACAUUUACACUGUAGCUCACAAGUCACUGCAAAUGUUAGUCUUUUUUAAUAACUGAUAUGUGAUAUUUGAAAAUGAAUGUAACUGUUACUGGUUGGCGCGUUUUAGGUUAUAUGACUGAAAGUGAUAUAUGAUGGAUUUAAUAGUAUAGUUAAAUCAUUUUUAUAGUACAUUUAUAUUUGAUUUGUGUACUUUUGUACUACUAAUUUUUUGCAUAAUGAUUAUUUGAUUAAUACAACUAAGUUGUAUAUGAAGUUGUCUAACGUUUAAAAUUCCAACACUUGACGUUUUAUCAUAUUGUCUUAUAUUACUUUUGCAGUUUUUGCAACAUGAUUUGUUUUUUGGUUUCCAUGUAAAAUCUAGCACUGAAUUUUGCAAUACCUUUUCUACCUAAUAAAGAUGUACUGCAACAUUACUAUGUAAGGGUUACUUUAAAAUGCACUGCACAUGCACUCUAAUAGUUAUAUGUAGACUCCAGAAAUGAAGAAGUGCAUAACUAUGUUCGAAUUAGGGGGGAAAUGAAAUUGAAUUGAUCAGUUUAGGUCAUAUGCAAAAGCUCUAAGAAGCAUUUGCAUUAUAUAACCCUGUGACUGCUCCUCAUACAGCCUAAAGUGUGAGGUGCUUUAUGCUUUUUUUGGAUGACAGACCAAAAAGGAAGAAAUGGUAUUUAUGAAACAUUAAACAAUGCAGGAUAUAUAGUUAAAAAUGGAUAACUACAGUUUAUUGUCAUGCAAACAAUAAAAUGCAUAUAUUCAGGCAGCUAAUAUGUUAAAAAGUGAAUGGUUAACAGGGCAGUGCUGCCCUCUUUUAUCUUCCCAUCUACUUCCCCCUUGCCCUGCACAGGCUUGUGAACACACGGGCUCCACAUGGUGUUACCUAUCAUUAUACCUGUGGGUCAGGAUGAUAGGUAUGGAGUCUCGCUGAAUGUGGGUGCUACUUUCUGGGCUUUGUGAGUAUAAGUUCAUGGCCCCCAGAGACACAUCUAGUCUCUCUCACACUCAUGGCUAAGCAGCAGGUGGCUCACCAUGUGACACACAUCAAUAAGAGAUUACAUUUCUAAAUCUGACACAAGAUAGUGAACAUCACCACUGCAUUUCUUCUGUGAAGGCCUUUAAUGCAUCUUCGAUUUUGGAUGAUAUUAACCUGCAAUGGAAAACAGUUUAAUUUGCUAAAAGGGCAUUUUAAUAUUAAUAGGUACAAUGUUAGUACGCUAACAUUCAGUGUAUGUUUGUCUACAAACUACAUAAGUAGUUAAGUACACUAAUAUAGAGAGGUAGAGCUUUUGCAGAAUUUAACUAAAACGUACCACCAGGGGGCAGCAACUCAUUUGUUUUAUUAGGAAAAGCCAACAGUGUGAGAGAGAAGUAAUUCUGAAUUACAAGCUGAACAGUGUCUGCAGCUGAAAUCAUUUUGUAGCUUUUAUAAUGGUAUUUUGGGUUUUAGUUGAAAAUCUCUGUGGCUUUCCCCCUCCAUACUGUAUGCUGACAGUAAAAACAGACAUUAAAGUGGUUUUAAAAAAGUCCAGUUGAUCAAAUUGUCUGAGCUCGCAGGUGAUUUAAUUAAAAUCCUGAUAUUAAUUGUCCAUACUCUAAUAAGAUGCCUGUUCAAAUUAAAUCCACCAAUCAGAAACAGGCCUGAGAUGUAAUCUGCUAAUCCAAAUGAUCCAGUCGAACUGAUUUAAAAUCACGAACUGAAAAUAAUUGCCCACAUUUGAAUCAGCUGUCAGUUGCCACGGUGAUAUCAUCUCUCAUCACUCACUGUCACUCUAUAUCCCUGUUAAAUUUGCCCCGGCGCACCUCUUGAUAAACUGUUUCUAAAUCUGAGCCCGUAACUCAUUUUUAAAUGGUUUUUGAACCAUAAGAAUCCCAAGGACUUCCUUUACACGUUAAUGGUUUCAAAAAUAUGGUCAUGGUAAGAAAAUUUCAAAAAAGGGGGCUGCCCUGCCUUUACUGGACAAUCAGUGUAAAUAUAAUAGAUCUCUAUGCAGCAGCUAGGUGGGAUACCUGUCACUUGGAUGGCUCCAGAGCAAAAAGUGUGAGAAUGCUGGCUUAAAGAGGAUAAUUGCUAACAUUUUUUUCUAUAUUCUGAUGGGUGAUUGAUGGCUUUUGAGUGAAAACUGUGAAUUUGGUGUGAAUUUGUUUGAGUAAAAAAAACCCUCUCCUUCGCCCACUCACUGUUAGUUUGUCCCUCCACUCAGCACAGAGCUGCAACAUAAGCUCAGAAAUGGACUUAAAAAACCCCACAAAACUAAAAUACAACUGAACAGAAAAAAUAGUUUAAUAUCUUGGAUCUGGCUUAAGAUUUGAUUGGUGUCUCUGCAACUGCUAAAGUUAAAGCUCAAAUUAAGCAAGAUUCAAAACUGAUUUGAACAGUCGAUCUGCUCGCACCCUAGAGGUAUAUAAACUAGUUAAAUAUACAAAAACAUAAACAAAAAGAAAAAUUAGGCUGUCACGCCAGUAAACGUGUUUGUAGUUCAACCUUUAUCGUUUGUUUUUUUAACUUAAAUUUUAAUACAAUUCAAGUAGAAUUUAUAAAUGAACUUCACCAUAACGCCAAUGCAUUAUAUUAAUACUUUAGACAGAGUACCCACUGUUUCUUUAUGCACAGAUGGCUUAUUCUUCCUGAUUUCUUCUGUUUUUCUAACAUGAGUCAGAUGAUAUCUCCAAGUAUAAGUACCCCUGCACCACAUGGCUGAAAGCAAUCUUUAGAAGGUCACUUCUGGGGGUCAGAAGGUCAUCAUUCUGGCAAUAAGUAUAGCCUUUCUCUAACAUAUUAUGGAGCAAGUUAGAUGUGUGAGCUAUCUAUAGACGUAGAUUCAGAAGAACACAUGCUGUAAAUCUUUUAGCAGCUUCACUUGGACGUAGCUUGGCAACCUGAGAUGUCACAUUUAGAUGAGUCAUGUCACUGUAAUUCGUUGACAUUCAUACCAAAGUGAAACUUUAGGCAUACGGGAGGUGAAAAGGUCAAAGUGGCUAUGUGAGUGAAACCCGAUGCUCCUGCCAGAGAAAGGAGUUUCUGCUGCUUCACACAAUGUGAAUUAGAGAACUAAAAGUGAAGAACACAUUUUAAAAUACUUUGAAGUUAAUUUAGCCAGACGCUCAUAUCAUAAUAAUAUCAUAAUACUACAUAACACUGUAAUAUUAUGGUUGCUAGUACACAUAAUCCACUAUCCAAAUAUUGCCUGUAUCAUCCAAAACUAGUAAUUCCUAAGACCUGCAGCAGAGUUUGAUGAGUGAAAUUGUGAAACACUUUACUUAUAUCAUCACAGUACAGUCAAAGGUAAAACAAAGCCAAUGCGGCACCUGCAACGCUGACACAACCUCACCAACCAGUGAUAUCAUACCAUUUAUAAAAUGCAUUAAAAGGUUCAUCUUAUGACUAUCAGAAAACGAUACACUACCAUGUUUUAUUCAUUAAAAAAAGUCAUUAUUAUAAAUGGUCAUGUACACAGGAUUUACAUUUAAACGGUACUAUUUACAAUUACCCUCUGUAAAUUUUAAGACUAAUUAUCAUCACUGGAGGCAGUGUUUUACAAGCGUGUGAGUUGAAAUGUUGCCAAACCUGUUCUGCUGUUCUUUAAACCUUUGAUAAUUCUCUCUAGCCAUACCUAUGUUCCAUCCAUCAGCUUCCACUUGAUGUCCUUUUUCAGGGUUGCCUAUCCCAGCUGUCUUAAGGCGAGAGGCAGG